AGCUAAUGCCAACCUUGUGAUCUUCUGUGUUGAACAGAGAUCAAGCAAAUUGCUAUCGAUCGCCAUGGAGACUGCCUUGAGUAUUGACAACCUUAGGGAUACCGAACUAAGGUUGGGUCUACCAGGCAUCGAUGUGGUUGGGUCAGAGAAGUCGAGGGUCACGAAAGGUGGUAAACGAGCACUUUCGGAGGAUGAAACUCAGAGUUGUGCUAAAAGCAAGUCCUUCGAAGAGGUCUAUGACGAUCUAAGUGGCCUCGAAACUCCAAUGACAAAGGCACAAGUAAUCGGGUGGCCACCGAUCCGAUCCUACCGGAAGAACUUACUAUUAGUUCAGGCUCAAGCCGCGGCGAAUGCAACUGGAUUGUAUGUGAAAGUAAGCAUGGAUGGAGCUCCUUACUUGAGAAAGAUCGAUCUCAAGGUGUACAAAGGUUAUAAGGAGCUUAGAGAAGCAUUGGACAAAAUGUUCAAAUGCUUUUCUUUUGGAGAGUUGCCAGGGAAGGAAGGAGGCAGUGGAUGUGAGUAUUCCAUCACUUAUGAGGAUAAAGAUGGAGAUUUGAUGUUGGUUGGAGAUGUUCCAUGGGAGAUGUUCGUCUCUUCUUGCAAAAGACUGAGGAUCAUGAAAGGGUCUGAAGCAAAAGGAUUGCAGUCUAACCAUUGAAGAAAAAAGAUGAAAGUGAUUUCAAAAAAGAAAAUUAAAAUCAAUUCAAAGAGCUUACUGCCUUUUUUUUUGCUUGGAAUUAAUUUCCAAGUUCAUCCGUCUGAUAAAUUAUGUUUGUUGGGAUUGUACAUCUUAUUGUUUAACGGAUAAAGAAGAUUCGGGUA